AUGGCUACCAACUCCUCCCCCAACAUGCUGACGAAGUUUGAGUCGAAGUCCUCGAGAGCCAAGGGAAUUGCUUUCCAUCCCAAAAGACCAUGGAUUCUUGUAUCUCUUCACUCUUCAACCAUUCAACUUUGGGAUUACCGCAUGGGAACAUUGAUUGACAGAUUCGAGGAGCAUGAUGGACCCGUACGAGGAGUCGAUUUCCACAAGACACAACCCCUCUUCGUUUCUGGCGGAGAUGAUUACAAGAUCAAGGUCUGGUCAUACCAGACUAGAAGAUGCUUGUUUACCUUGAACGGUCAUUUGGAUUAUGUCCGCACAGUUUUCUUCCACCAUGAGCUUCCUUGGAUUAUCUCCAGCUCCGAUGACCAGACCAUCCGAAUCUGGAAUUGGCAGAAUAGAUCUUUGAUUUGCACUAUGACAGGUCACAACCAUUACACAAUGUGCGCCCAAUUCCAUCCUAAAGACGACUUGGUAGUUUCGGCCUCCCUCGAUCAGUCAGUACGUGUCUGGGAUAUUUCAGGACUCAGAAAGAAACACUCUGCACCAACUUCGAUGACUUUCGAAGACCAGAUGUCCCGGGGAAACCAGAACCAGGCGGAUAUGUUUGGCAAUACGGAUGCGGUGGUCAAAUUCGUCCUAGAAGGACAUGACCGAGGCGUGAACUGGGUCGCCUUCCACCCUACACUACCCUUGAUCGUAUCCGCUGGUGAUGAUCGACUUGUCAAAUUAUGGAGAAUGAGCGAAACGAAGGCCUGGGAGGUCGACACCUGCCGUGGUCACUUUCAGAAUGCAUCCGGCUGCCUGUUCCACCCUCACCAAGAUCUGAUAUUAUCUUGCGGUGAGGAUAAGACCAUCCGGGUUUGGGAUCUUAAUAAGCGUACUUCAGUCCAGUCUUUCAAGAGAGAGAACGAUAGAUUUUGGGUUAUUGCAGCGCAUCCGGAGAUCAACCUUUUCGCCGCUGGCCACGACAAUGGUGUUAUGGUCUUCAAAUUGGAGCGGGAAAGGCCUGCAUCUGCAUUCUAUCAGAACAACCUCUUUUUCAUCACACGAGAGAAGCAUGUUCGGUCAUAUGAUUUCCAAAAGAAUGUUGAAAGUCCAACUCUUUUGACCCUCAAGAAGCUGGGCAGCCCGUGGGUUCCACCUCGUUCAUUGUCCUAUAACCCGGCUGAGCGCGCUAUUCUUGUUACAUCCCCAGCGGAUGGCGGAUCAUACGAGUUGAUCAAUCUGCCCCGAGAUGGCUCUGGUUCUAUGGAUGCUACAGACACGAAACGAGGGCAGGGAACUUCAGCGGUGUUUGUGGCACGCAAUCGUUUUGCUGUUUUCAACGCCGCCAGCCAACAGAUUGAUAUCAGAGAUCUCUCAAAUUCCACGACCAAAACCAUCAAGCCACCAACCGGAACUACUGAUAUUUACUUUGGUGGAACUGGCAAUCUUCUCUUAAUUACUCCAACUGCCGUUCAUCUCUACGAUAUCCAGCAAAAGAAAGCUACUGCCGAGUUGACCGUAGCAGGUGUCAAAUACGUUGUUUGGUCAAACGAUGGGCUCUAUGCUGCACUGCUGAGCAAGCACAAUGUCACCAUCGUCACGAAAACCUUGGAGCAGGUCAGCACGCUUCACGAGACUAUCAGAAUCAAGAGCGCAACUUGGGAUGAUGCCGGAGUUCUCCUCUACUCCACCCUUAAUCACAUCAAGUAUACUCUUCUGAACGGCGAUAAUGGAAUCGUUCGAACCUUGGAUCAAACAGUGUACCUCGUCCGGGUCAAAGCACGCACAGUAUACUGCCUCGACCGCAAUGCAAAGCCAAAGAUCCUGAAUAUCGACCCGACAGAAUAUCGCUUCAAGCUUGCGCUUGUGAAGCGCAACUAUGAGGAAAUGUUGCAAAUCAUCAAGAACUCAAGUCUCGUUGGCCAAAGCAUCAUCUCUUACCUGCAAAAGAAGGGUUACCCUGAGAUUGCCCUGCAGUUCGUUCAAGAUCCACAGACCCGAUUUGAGCUCGCCAUUGAAUGUGGAAACCUUGAUGUUGCGGUAGAAAUGGCAAAGCAGCUCGACAGACCCAAGCUCUGGUCAAGAUUGACAACCGAAGCCCUCGCCCACGGCAACCACCAAAUUGUCGAGAUGGCGUAUCAGAAGCUAAGGCAAUUUGACAAACUCUCUUUCCUUUACCUAGCUACGGGUGAUGAAGCAAAACUCACCCGCAUGGCCAAGAUCGCUGAGCAUCGUGGCGAUUUUACUGCUCGGUUCCAAAACGCCCUGUAUCUCGGAGAUGUCAACGACCGGAUAGCAAUGUUCAAGGAAAUUGAUCUCUAUCCGCUAGCAUACAUGACCGCUAAAUCUCAUGGUCUGGAAGAAGAAUGCGAAUCAAUCUUGGAGGCAACUGGUCUUACUGAGGAUCAAAUUACUCUUCCAGCACUCGGCUCUCCUCUAUCUCCUCCAAAGCCGAUCGUGUCUACAUUCAAAGCGAAUUGGCCAACAAAAGCCACUUCCCAAUCUUUCUUCGAGAAGGCGUUACUCGGUCAAGUUGAAGGUUUGUCGUUAGAAGACGAACCAAUAGCCGCCUCUAAUGCUUUCGGAUUUGAUGAAGCUGGAGAGGAAGACGGUGCCAAGCGAAAUGGCGGUCUCGCCGAAGCUGAUGACGACGAAGAUGCAGCAGGCUGGGACAUGGGCGAUGACAUUGUUCCAGAAGUUGAGAGCGACUUUGUCAAUGUCGACAGCGCUGAGGCUGGCGCUGGAAGCAGCGAAGCCGACUUAUGGGCUCGCAACUCACCAAUAGCUGCUGAUCACGUGGCUGGAGGCUCUUUUGAGACCGCAAUGCAACUGCUGAACAGACAACUUGGUGCGGUCAACUUCGCACCAUUGAAGCCACGUUUCUUGGAGAUCUACGAAGCUACGAAGACAUACCUCCCUGCUUCUGUCUGUCUUCCUCCACUCAUCAACUACGUUCGUCGAACUGUCGACGAGACUGAUCCUCGGAAAGUUCUCCCGAUUAUUCCCCGAGACAUCGAGUCACUCGCCACCAAUGAUUUACAAAAGGGCUACACUGCUAUGCGUACGAACAAACUUCAAGAUGGAGAAGUCGUUUUCCAGGGUAUCCUUCAUGCUCUUCUUGUAAACGCUGUCUCGACGGCAUCAGAAGUCGAAGAGGCGAAGAAGCUGAUCACAACCGCAUGCGAAUAUGCCAUUGCUAUGUCGAUAGAGCUGGAGCGACGGAAACUUGGCACAGACGAAGAGGUCGCGAAGUCACCUGAGAAGUUAAAGCGAAGUCUUGAACUGGCUGCAUACUUCACAAUCCCGAAACUUGAGGUGCCACAUCGGCAAAUAGCUCUGACCAGUGGCAUGAAGCUUGCAUACCAGAACAAAAACUUCAACUCAGCGUUGAGCUUUGCGAACAGGAUGUUGGCUAAUGGUGGGGCUGCUAAGAUGCUUGACAACGCAAAAAAGAUCAAGGCCCAGUGCGAACGGAAUCCCAACGAUGCUAUCGAAAUUGAGUUUGAUCAGUUCGCUGAAUUUGAUAUCUGUGCUGCAUCACAUACACCUAUCUACUCCGGCUCAGCAUUCGAAGUCUGUGCCUUUGACGGAAGCAAAUAUCACUCCAAGUACAAGGGUACUGUCUGUGCUGUUUGUGGUGUUUGCGAGGUGGGGAAAAACGGGAGUGGGCUGAAGCUUGUUGCGUGAGAAUCUUUUGCGCGGCAAAGAAAAUGGAGUUCGGAAAAAGUAGAUCUGAUUGACUGCUCUGAGGCUGCAUGUAGGGAGUAUUUGAUCGAGCGAAUGGCGGUUAGUUGAUCAAGAACGUAGAAGGGGUUGAAUCAUAUCAUAUGCAGUCCAUUGUCGUCUUGUUUGGUACGCCAAAGCGCCGUCUAGAAUACAUCUUUGAUGCUCAGGCCAUGCCUCAUCUCCAUCAUGCACUAACCAUGCGACGCAAUAUCGCUGCAGAGGAGCAAGAUUGGCUCAAACAAUCGUCUCUAGCUCCCUCGCGUAGCCUAAAGUGUUUUCAAUAGCCAUCGCGCUUAACUCCUGUUUCUCGUUUCCUUCCUCAUCGACAUUGGCCUUCAGACUCUGCUUCGGGAAGUAUAUCCGGCCGUCCUUGAUGAGCCAGCCUCUGUUCUGGGCGAAGGAGACCACG